AUGCAUUGCGUCAUCAUCUUUCCACCCCUCCCUGCUCUCAGAUUGCCUCCUUAUACCGCAGAAAUUCCUGAGAGCGUAAUCCUUUCCCGUAACGAAAGUGGUACACUGGAGGAGAACCGCGAGUACACCUUGAGGUGUGAGGUUAAGAGCGUAGCUCCGGUCGAAAACCUUCAAAUCAUCUGGUACCGUGGAGACACUGUGAUGGCAGCGUCAACCAAUCAGAGUCUUUUCUCCACUGUGGCUGUGGGUGUCGGCGAAGAUAAAUCCCAAAAUGUCACGGCUAGUUUGACCAUCACGGCCUCCAGGAAGCACCCCAACGCUACAUACAGCUGCGCAGCCAGGCUGAACCUGAAUGCAACUGUAAAGUCAAGCUGUAACAAUGAGACGUGCACCUACACAACCGAGGCCAUUAACGACACCAAGUCCAACGAUACGCAGCUGGAAGUAUGGUAUGGGCCUGACAUAGUGAGCAACAUUGGUAAUGUGAGCUUAGCAGUCGGUGACACGCUAGAGCUAUCCUGUCAGGCGGACGCCAACCCUAGAGCCACAUACACGUGGACACACAACAACGUCACACUGCGAAACGAGAACAGCAGUACCCUCCACAUAGAGUCUGUCUCCGUGGACCACGCAGGGCAGUAUGUGUGCAACGUGAGCAACACCGUAGAUAGUGCACAGGCUACGAUGACAGUGGAGGUCUACCAUUACCUCAUAAUAAAGAACCACAGUCGUGAUGAGAGUUUAGCAGCCGGUGACAUGCUAGAGCUAUUCUGUCAUGUGGAUGCUAAACCUAGAGACACAUCAUACACGUGGACACACAACAACGUCACACUGCUUAACGAGAACAGCAGUACCCUCCACAUAGAGUCCGUCUCCAUGGACGACGCAGGGCAGUAUGUGUGCCACGUGAGCAACACCAUAGAUAGUGCACAGGCUACGAUGACAGUGGAGGUCUACCAUUACCUCAGAAUAGUGAACCACAGUGUUAAUACGAGCUUUAUAGCAGCCGGUGACCCCCUAGAACUAUUCUGUCAUGCGGACGCCAACCCUAAUUCCACAUCAUACACGUGGACACACAACAACGUCAUUCUGCCUAACGAGAACAGCAAUACCCUCCACAUAGAGUCUGUCUCCGUGGACGACGCAGGGCAGUAUGUGUGCAACGUGAGCAACACCAUAGAUAGUGAACAGGCUACGAUGACAGUGGAGGUCUACCGGAACCACAUGGUGUGGAUCGCCGUCCUGCUGGCCAUCGUGGUGGUGGCCAUCAUUGUCAUUGUGCUGGUGGCCUACCAGGCCCACCACAUGAAGAACAAGACCGGCCAGUACAAGUUCACCAAUCUUGUCAAGUUCAGGAGUGGCAGCCAGAACGGACAGGUGGCCGUGGCCAAUGGGCAUGGAGCUUAGCCAAUGAAAGCCACAGAAUGGACAGUGGUCGGGGCGGGGGUCACAGAGUAAGAACACAAUUGACAGGUGGCUGUGGCCAAUGGGCACUGAGAAGCCUGACAAAGGUGGGUGGGGCUACAGAAUGACGGCAGGAUAGACAGGUGACUCCAGCCAAUGAGAAACCACAGAAUGGUGAAUGGCGUUAUUACCAUCCAAAAACAAUAAUGGACCAUGGCAUUGGUUCUCAACCUUUUUUGGACAAACGCCCCCCUUGACCUGACGAAUAAAGCCCCCCGUAGUAUUGAAAAAUUAAAGCGAUGAAUGCCUCUCAAUGGCAACUAAGCACUGUCCCUUCUCAGCUGUAUCCUUCUCAACGCCCCCCUAGAGCUCCCCAACGCCCGCUGGGGGGUUGCACCGCCCAUGUUGAGAAACAGUACGCUAUGGGGAUUUGACUCGGGACAUGGAUUCUCGACAUAACUGCCCACCUUUGACACUGUGUCCAAACUGCAAGCCAGGACUGUAUUAAAGCCAACGUGGUGCCCCCGGGCAUUAUACCUCGCUGGUGCCCUUUUUAUGUAGCCUGAUAAACCAGACUAAAUGUGGAUGUCUAAUUUAGUCUGGCCUCGAUCCAUAAUACAUCCGAAGAUUGUUGAUGAGAACAACCUUCCCUCAAAACCCUGCCCACUUUGAUUCAAAACACAUCUUUGCGUUGUAAUUGGUUUGCCAGAUUCUUGGCAUUCUGGCUUCAUUGAAUCAUUAUGCGAGGCCAGACCCACCCGUAGACAAAACAUUUUGCCGUCCAGCGGGUGGCGCUGGUUCACCAGGCUACUUUUUAUGUAUAAAAUUUGUGAAGUUGUGAGUCUUCAGGUGCCCCCUCACUGGUCAAAAAUGGUUGGUGCCCCUGGGCACUGUGCCGCUGGCCCCUAUGGAUAAUCCGGCCCUGCUGCAAGCGACUUGAACAAGAGGAUCCGUUCCAUUUCAUCGUUUUCAGUUGGACCAUGACAACUGAACUCUUGUUUGGCCCAUACACCAGCUGUGCCAUAGGCUACGUUUACGUGGGGUUUUUAAUUCCGAAUUAAAUAAUUCGGUCAAGUUUACUUUUAAUCUGUCAUUUAAUUCGGAAUUGUGAAAUGUUCACAUGACCUUUUCAAAGCGGAAUUAACCUUUAUUCAGAAUUAAAGUGAGUUAAUUCGGAAUUAAAUGUCUCAUGUAAACGUAGUGAAUGUCCUCUGUGAAUUCUUGUUGAAGCUUUACGACGACCCUUAAAGGGGUAUGCCACUAUUUUGGGGCAUAAUACAGUUAAAAUCGUUGGCUGGGGUAUAUAAAGGUGGUAAAGUGUCUUAUUUUUCAUGUGAAGCGUUGUCUUGCUUUAAGACAAGUUAAAAGAGGGAGUAUGUCGCUAAGCUAGUGAAAGUCAAUGCAUCCAUGUAGCCAACGUAGCCCCAAAAUAGUGGCAUAUCCCUUUAAUCAUGCUGUAUGGUCUACUAGCCACCCCUGCUCCUUGCCUGGACUACAUCUGCCAAUGAACGUCAUUAAACAUAAAAAGUUAUUACCAUUCAAAAAACAUUACGCUAUGCUGGGUCUGUACUCCACUGCCAGUCUGAUAGAGGAGAGAAACAGGAUCAUAGAACAGCCGCCAUAAAAAGUACAAGUGGGUUUGGCCACUGGAAGUGCCUGAAAAUGUACAGUCUGUGAAAGAAAACCCAUUGAACUUUGAAAUCGUAGAAUUUUGAAUCCCCAACAUCAACUACUGUUAAAGCUCUACUUCCCCUGAAUUGUUCUGGACUACACGCCUCCUGGACGGCAAUGGUGAACUAUCAACAACAACAACAACAACAACAACAUGCAGGAACUUCUGAUGGGUAUUUCCAGAGUUUGGACUGUGUUUUGUGUCCCUGGCAACGGACUUGACAAUGCCCGUGGAGUGUUUUUUUGUUCCUGCUGGGUCAGAGAAUGUGUGUGUGUGUGUGUGUGUGCGUGCGUGCGCGCGCGCGCGCGUGUGUGUGUGUACGUGCGUGCGUGCGCGCGUGUAUGCGUGUGUUUGUGUGUGUGAAUGUCACCACGCCCCUGGUAAUGUCUCUGUCCAUGGAAUAAGUGAAGUGUAAGUCUAAGUUAAUGGAAAGAGAGAGAUAACGUGAUCACUGGCAAGAACCCCUAAGCUGAGGCACAAACAAUUCGUAACACGUGCAGAUAAUAGUCAUUUGUUGUGUUAGUCUGGUUUUGCUUUGCAUUAGGUCACCUUGAACAUUGGGUUACACCCAAGAAAAUGUGAGGUGGAGGGAUCACAAAAAAGUUCUUAUUUCCGAAAGGGGGUUAAACUUGGUUAAACUUUAGUGGCUCUGUCUGCAUAACACAUUCAGAAGCUAUUAUACACUGCAUGAAGUGCCGUGUUGCCAGAUGAAAAAUGCUGAACUUCAAAAUUAUCGUUUUUGGGGGAGGAAAUUAUCGUACAAGACCCAAAUUGCUGUUUCAAGGCAUUUAAAUGAACUGAAUGACAAAUCUGAAAUUAUCGUACAUCAUGUUGUUUUGAUCGAAGACAAAACGGACAAAAUUAUGGUACAAAUACGAUAAUUAUCGUACAUCUGGCAACACUGAUGAAGUGAGCCUGUUCGUUCCCUGGAACUGGAGCAGAUCAUUGAGUGGUUAGAAUCAGGAAAAAAUUUAAACAAAAAUGUCAGUUUUGCUGUGCAAUUGUUGAACUUUGCCGUUUGCAGUCGUUUCAUCUUCCAUGUUCAUGAAAGGUUUGGUAUGAAUUUCUUGUGAAAUAGUCAUGAAUGCUUCAUGCAAAAUUCAUAACAGCUGAAUGUGUUGAGCAGGGACCCGUGAAGUAGUGUUACCAAACAUUGUAUGAUAUGGCAUUUCAGUUGUCCUACUGUACCCCAAUGUGACACCCCCACCCCUACUGUACUGUACUGCACUGUAAAUCUCCAGUCCAUGUGUGUGUAUAUAUAAUAUAUAAUUCUGUGAUUUUUAUUAUGAGUAUUAUUUUUAUAUAAAACAUUCUUGAUCUUGGUGUCUAAAUGUUCAAUUGUGUGGUUUCUA